CUCCACCUUAACCUUGCCUUCCACCUGGAAGCGUCAUCUUUUGCAGUUGGCGAUCUUUUUAUGCUUUGGCCAUUUGAUGCCAUGGAUGUCCCACCCUUUGGCCCUUGACCUUCCACAGCUUCCUUAGUUUCAUAAUACCGUACAGUUGGAAGAAGAGAGAUAAAGCCUAUGAACAUGAUAGACUCGGCAAACUACUUCGCACGCUCGCUGGUGGCCCUGUUGUUGUUGGCGUUGCCCCCCAACUUGGUGGCUUUUCAGGCAGCUUCACAGCGGAUACUACCCUCGACAGCAGCAGCAGCAAGUCCACAAUCUGCGAGACAAUCACUCUUAUUGUUGGCGUCUCCUUCCACACCCGAAGAAAUGUUUGCUUCGCAAGGCUGGAAACCCAUUCGCGCGGAAUUGGAUACCCUGCCAGUCUUUUGUGUAGCCAACGAGAAGGGACAGCCACUGCAAUACAAUGUCAAUGACGAAACCACCAUGCCCUUUUUCUAUUGCGAUGUCAAGGCCGCACAAGAAGAACUCGUCAAGGCCAAGGCGGAUUUACCCGCCGACAAGUCUUUGGGGUUGGGAAUUAUACCCUUUCCACUUGGCAAUGCCUUUGAACUCAUGGCAUCCAAUCAAGCCGCAGUGAUUCCCAGUGCAGACUCCCUCGAAGCAGCCGGGGCACCCAAGGGAGUCAAUCCCUUGGGACAACAAAUACCACUCUUUUGUUGCAUGGACAUCAUGCAGGAAUCACCCAACACGGGGAAACCUGUAUUGCCCAUCUUUAUGGUUCAUAAAGAAGCAAAGGAGGCCAUGGAACAGGCCGUUGCCGUGGAUGGAGGAGAGGGAUUCGAAAUUGUCUCUUUAUCGUUGCCCAGAGCUGUCGAGAUGUUGGCUUCCAAUGAAGAUGCUCCUUCCUUUCACUUUUUGCCACCAAGAGAUUCCAUUGAUUAUAUCCAAAACUACUUGGAAAAUACCAAGUAAGCAAUGUCAUAGUGGGCUGGGCCGGGCCAGACAGCUACAAGAACCAUGAAGUGGGAAGGACUUCCUUGAAAGUUAGCCACAAGACAUGCAACGACAAUCCGAUAUCUUGUUGAUUGGAACGAGGAGCUUCUAAAAGGCAGCCAUACACGAGAUUGAAAACUCACACGACAAUGAGCUAGGUAAACAGCCUAGCUUGGUUUUACUCAAGAUCGGAGAGCUUUCAUUAAGUGCUAAAAGUUGUUUUUGUAUGGUCGGUGGAUCAACUCGUUGA